UGUCAAGAGGACCUAGUUCUCGUAUUUCCUGCAAUUAUAUAGAUAGAUGGGACACUUGACUUUUCUGGUUUUGAAGCUAGGAAGAGACAAUCAUUCAAACUUCAAAGUUCAUUGAUACAUAUUGUUCCUCCCUGCUGCACUAUGUAUUACCUUGCCAUUGGACUUGCUACAUACAAGAUAACCAUAACUGUUGUUUGUAUCAUAUCGAUUAUUCUGAUAAAGACGAUCAAUAAACUAUGUGUAUAUCGAGCUUACAAAAUCAUUAAAGAUGUAGAAAGAGAAAAGAAAAAGCUAAUAUCAAAUCAUGAUUCAGUACAAGAAAAAAUUGAAGCAACCGAUCAUAAAACUCAAAAGGUCAAUGAUAUUGUUCUUGAGUGGCUAAAAGAAGUGGAAAAACUUGUACAAGAGGUGGAGAAUGUGACAAUAAUACCAGAACCAGAAUCAAGAUAUCCCAAUAAAAUGCUUAACAAAUUAAAGGCAUUGAAUAUCAAAUGUGAGUUUGAGCCAUUUUUCAAUCCAAUUCCAAGUUUAGAGCACUUCUCUUCUGGAAAUUUUGUAUGUUUUGAGCCUAUAAAAGAGACUUCAGAUAGACUUUUGGAGGCACUAGAAAAUCGUAAGUUCUAUAAAAUUGGAUUGUAUGGAAAGCGAGGCUCUGGUAAAACAAAGUUGGUUAAAGCAGUGGCUGAGAAAGCCAGGUACCUGAGGGUUUUUGCUGCAGUUUUAUUUAUCACUGUGUCUCAAAAUCCAAAUGUAAAACAGAUUCAAGAUGAAAUAGCUGACUUUUUGGAUCUCAAAUUUGACAAAAACACUGAAGUUGGAAGAGCUAGAGAAUUAUACUUGACAUUAGAAAGCACAGAUCGUCCAAUUCUUGUGAUCUUGGAUGAUGUUUGGGAAAAUCUUGAUCUUGAGGAAUUAGGCAUUCCUUGUAAUAGUAAUCGAUGCAAGGUUCUUUUGACGACGCAUUGCAAACAAGAAUUCGCACUAAUGAACUGCCAAGAAGAGAUUCCAUUGUGUCCCUUAUCUAUAGAGGAAGCUUGGACUUUGUUUAAGAAGCAUUCAGGGAUAGACGAUGAGUCCUCAACUGAUCUAUUAAAUGUGGCAUACGAAGUUGCAAUUGAAUGUCAAGGGUUGCCUGGAACAAUUAAAGAUGUGGGAUCAUCCUUAAGAAGUAAACCUAUUGAGGAGUGGAAAACAUCAUUAGACGGUCUAAGACAUUCUAUGUCUCAGUACGAUAUUUUCAUCAGUUUUAGAGGAAAAGAUACUCGUGACUCUUUUACGGGUUUUCUCUAUGAUGCUCUAUGCCGGGAAGGGUUCAAGACCUUCAUGGAUGAUGAGGGGUUGAAGGGUGGAGACGAAAUUUCAUCUUCUCUAAUCAAAGCAAUUGAGGCAUCAAGGAUUUCAGUUAUUGUUUUCUCUAAAAAAAUUGCACAUUCUUCUUGGUGUCUAGAUGAAUUGGUCACUAUUCUUAAGUGUAAAAAGAUGAAGAACCAACAGAUUUUGCCGAUUUUUUAUAAAAUAGAACCGUCCGAUGUAAGGCAUCAGAAAAACAGUUAUGAAAGAGGAAUGGCUAAACAAGUAAAAAGGUUUGGUAAUGACUUUGAGAAGUUACAGAUAUGGAGGUCAGCUUUACUUGAAGUUGCUAGCUUGAGUGGAAUAACUUACAAAACUGGGUACGAAUAUAAACUAGUCCAAACGAUCGUGGAAAGAGUAAAGAGCCAAAUUUAAUGGUGUCAAAUUUAAUCUUCAAAUAUCACUUUUUUUUCUUUCCAAUCUAGUCUUUAAAGUGUAUGAAAAUUAUAAACAUUCCUUGAAUUAUACGAAGCUGUAAUGUGCAUGUUGUUAAGACAGUGGUAUGAAGUUGUUUUCAACAGGUUCGAUGUUCCUUGAA